AGUAUAUCAAAAGUAGUUUCGUAGCUGCCGGUGUAGUAAAUAUUGAAGAGCGAACAAAUGAGUUUUGUAUGAAUUACUUUUAAACCAUCAUUUAAUACAAAUCUAGAAGUGGAUUCUGUUCGUGCAUGGAUUAUUUCUAUCAGAAUUAUGUAGAGUAGAAAAUAAACAGUGAGUUAAAUAACAACAGUUUAACAUCAGAAAUUGUUCAACAGUUUUAAAGCUAAGAGGACUUACACUUAUACCGGACUCAUACAUUUACAGAACGUUUUGAAGGGUAUCAACAAUGCCGUCGCAGUCUAUGAUGGAUCAUAAUUUUAAUAUCCCGUCAUCAGAGUCGCCUGUGCCGGCGAUUGAAGGCCGCCUAAAAUGUGUUCUCGUCGGCGAUGGUGCCGUCGGCAAAACUAGUCUCAUUGUGAGCUAUACGAUCAAUGACUAUCCAACGGAAUACAUGCCGACGGCCUUCGAUAAUUAUGCCGUUGUCGUAACUGUGGACAACAAGCCAAUCCGGUUACAGCUCUGUGACACCGCGGGCCAGGAUGACUUUGAUUCCCUGCGGCCCCUCUGCUAUCCUUCAACGAACGUGUUCAUGCUUUGCUUCAGUGUCGUCUGUCCCACAUCUUACCACAACGUUGUCGACAAAUGGGCGCCGGAAAUCCGGAAACACUGUCCCAAUACGCCCAUUAUCCUGGUUGGCACACAAUGUGACUUGCGUAAUGACGUUAAAGUGCUUAUCGAACUUGCUCACUACAACGAACGGCCCGUGACGGAAGAACAGGCCAAAGAGUUAGCUGAACAGAUCGGGGCGAUAGACUAUAUGGAAUGUUCAGCUCUGACGCAGAAAAACUUGAAAGAGGUUUUUGACGCUGCAAUACUAUCGGCAUUGGACAUAUUCAAAAAGCCAAAGCCAAUUAAGAGGAGCUUCAGUUUUCGGCGAUCUCGUAAGGACAAAAGGCGAAGUGAAAGGAAACCCCAGCCUGUGAUUCCCCUAAGGCCCCUGUCAGACUGUAGUGUCAAGAAAGUGGGGUGGAAGAGAUUUUGUUGCUUCGUUUGAUUUCUGCGUCAUUGUCUCUUUAUGAUGUGGUGUUACAAAAUUUCGUUUUGCGACAUUUCGUAUGAGUCAACGUGGAUUGUGCGCGUUCAUGCUUCAGCGCCACGUGCUGUUACGCGCUAGUAGCAACAGACGAGUGUGAUACGUUUUGUUUCGGGGACAGGCAAUAUAAUGAUGACAUCGUUCGCUGUUCAUUUAUUUGCUUCGCGUGUAAAUGCUCAUCAGUUGAUGUCGCUACAGCUUUGCGAGUGCGUUCUUCCUUAUGUUCUCUUUGUUUUGAAUUUGCUGUAUAUAUGUAAUUUAUUACGAUGUCUUUCAAAAAGAUUGUAGAUCAAAUGUUGUUAUCUCUAUGAGAAUUGUUAAUUGAUAAGUAAAUGAAUGAGCAUCUAUUAAGUGCGAAAUGUAUAAGUGUACAUGUUAACACACUUUUUCACUGCAGUUAACAUUUUUUAAUUCGCUUCAUAGAUUUGCAAUGGUCAACUGCCAACUAUUUCGUUUAUCAUUCCAUAGUUGCAGUUAUUUGUUUUGACGAACAAUUCAGACUAUACGCAUUUUUAGUUUAUUGCUUUGUCAAAAUAAAUGCUACUUCAUUUCUUGGUGCUUUUUGAAACAUUCUAGAAUGUUUGGGCAUAAUGUUUCAUUUUCCAAUUGUAUGAUAAAAUGUUCAGGUUACAUGUACAACGACUUCUUUCUCUGAAAAAAAUGUUGCACCAGUUUGCAGUGGGUAGGGGCACUAAUUCCGCGUAAUCCUUAUCUAUAAUGACAACUAUGCAACCCGUAUAGCUGUGGUGGUUAUCGACAAAGAUUUUUCGAGUCUUAUUGGUGGAGGUAAACCUGUAUCUACGUUAACACUUAAUUAACCUCACUGUUUUUGCACGAGACUACCGGAUCAUCCGUUGUUUAACGAAUCCGGAUUCCCUUUGUUGGUAUUUAACGCAGUGUGUUCACCUAACACCUCACUACCUGAACAAUGUCGAUUAUCGCAAUCGGCAAUAUUUUCCCUAACACGUAAUACUAGAAAUAUUUACAAAAAUAAGAAACCUUAUACGAGUUUCCUUAGCGACAAUUAGCCACACAUUGUCAGUUAGAGAAAACAAUCUCUCAUCAUAACCCUUCCUAUUUUGGAAAGAGGGCCAACGCGCUUAUUAUUUAUUGUAAACAAGUCAAAAAUGCGAGUUUUAAUACCUUUAAUACAGCAAAUAAACCAAAUUAGAGUACAUUUUGGGCAUGUAUUCACGUAUUGUUUAUAAGUAAGCCACAGUCGCGGGUAAUUGUUUCAUAAGUUACAGAUGUCAACAAGAUAGUUAUAGUCUCAUGUCCGAUGCCUAUCCUAUAGAGUUAGUUCAGACAAUGAUCAUAAUCCUCUCUUGUUUUAGAUCUACGAUACGAAGUGUGUUUUAUCCUCUUGCGAUAGAGAUAACCCAAACAUGUCUUGUAAUUGAAUAUUAAAUCUUUGGUCCAUGUUUUCGGAGUUUUGUUUUUAUACUUUGGGUCAGAUUUUACCAUAUGCGUACGGGUAAUUCAAUGAGGGAAUAUUUAAAGUUAAAUGACCUUUUUACACAAUGACUAUGGGAAAUUAUUAUUGAAUAACUAAAUAACGACAUGUCGUUUAUUGUUGGUGACUUCUUUUUACAGCUUAGUAUUUAACACGCGAUAAAAUACUAGUUUAGUGGUCUACAUUCUUAUUCAAAUCUUCUUUUGUCAUCUUAACGGCAUUAUAAAUUCCCAAGGUUAUGACCUUACGUAUUUACUUUGUCGAUAACAGGAAAACGUUUACUGCGAUGAAAAGUCGGACAUUUUUAUAAUGUUCUCGACUCUAGCCACGCCGGGAUGCGCACAAUGUAACACCGGUAUUUGCCCAAUUAAAUGAUCCGUCUUUCUCAAUUUAUUAAAACUUGAACGCCUCUGUCUGGGUAUAUCACAUCUUCUUUGAAGUCUAAUUACAUGGUGUGUCAGUGUGGACAGAUAACCACAGGUCCAGUUUAGUUGAAGACCGACUUUCCCACCACAUUUCUUUGGCCAAGCAUGUAUGCACAUACAUUUAAGCCAGGUCGAUGUUAACCCAUUUCUGCCUAGUGGACUCUCCCAUCCUUCUAAAUUGGAUCAAUUUAUUUCCAAAAUUAGGGAUGUCUGGUAUAUUUAUUUCUAUAUUUAGAAUAUUGCUUACAGAAAUUCCUUUAAGCAAACAGCGCAGACCCAGAUGAGACGCCGCAUGAUGCGGCGUCUCAUCUUGGUCUACGCUGUUUGCUAAGGCCUUUUUGUAGACGCAUAAAUGGGUUAAUUGUAGGCAUAAAUGGGUUAAUUUACUGUAUCUUUAUUUCCGAAGUGACCUUAUAUGUAUUAACCGAAAUAAUGUCAUGUCUAUUCGGUUUUGGCGAAAAAGUUCUUUUUUUUUUUCAUCUUUGAAAUGUAUGCUUUAUAACUAGGAUAUUUCGCGUCUAUGUCGACUGUGCGAACAAACUUGUUUACAGCCAGCGCAGGUCUUCUUUCGAUUGAUAACUAAAACCGGUUUGGUGACGUACACAGAUGAAUAACUAACACUGGGUUUCACGAGCAGUUUCGAUUACACUCAAAUAUUUAAUGUAUGUGCAGACCUGAGUAUGCACGCAUUGACUGUACCAUCAAAACAUUGCUAUUUGUUGCGUUGAUUUAGAUUGUAACAACUAAAUCUAAGAUUUGUUUAGAAACAAUUUUUGUAUUAUUAGGUUAAUAAACGGAAGGAAAUGUAUCAGAAGAUAAACCUUAAUGCUGAAUCAUUUUAACCCAUUUAUGCCUAGUGGACUCUCCCAUCCUUCUAAAUUGGAUAAAUUUAUUUCCAAAAUUAAGGAUUUCUAGUAUAUUUAUUUAUAUAUACAGAAUAUUUCUUACAGAAGUUCCUUUAAGCAAACAGCGCAGACCCUGAUGAGACACCGCAUCAUGCGGCGUCUCAUCUGGGUCUACGCUGUUUGCCAAGGCCUUUUUUCUAGACGCUAUGCAUAAAUGGGUUAAAAUUGGCAGAACACCUAGGAAAAUGAAAGAAUGCAAAGAAAUUCUAUGUAAAUAAUAAUAUGAUUUAUUUGCAGCUAAAUGGUAAAACAUCACUCCCUGUGACAGCAAUUGUUGUAAAAUGUGCUACCUGUUUUUAACAGACCAGUUAUAACCUGUGCGUACCGUUUUUGUUAAAUUAUAUGAAAGAUAGGUGUAUCCGUUAUUUAUUUUGAUACAAAAACUUCUUUUAUUUCCAAUGCUGUUGUUUAUUCAGGCAAUGAACUGAAAAAUAAAACAAAUUGAUAAUAAAAA